ACCACGAAACUGUCAUCGAGGCAGCUGAUAGAGCAAUGUAAACAAAUCUUUGCGCCAAACCUACGCCGACUGUUAUAAAUAUGGAAUCCUUCAUCCGCGGAUCCUGCGAAUCUAUGUGUCCCAAACCGGAAAUUGAACUUCGAACCCGCGAAAAACUGGUCCACUUUUACGAGCUAAAACCCAACACAGCCAGUAGCGGCAGCCGAUCGUCACCGGACCCGGAAAGGAUGGUCAAGGAGUUUGCGCGUUCGGCCGCCGGCAUGCGACAACCGCGACACUGGGAACUGCGCACUGUGCGGACACUAAAGCGAACCGUGCGCUUCCUGUUGACGGAAAUUGUUCAGGACGAACGCCGUCCUUACAACUUCCGUUACGAGUUCAUUUUCGACCGGUUACGCGCCAUUCGGCAGGAGCUGGUCAUGCAGAACCUGGGUCCGGAGGAGACGCUGGACAUUUUGGAACCUUCGGUGCGCUUCCUGGCGUAUAGUGCGUACCGGCUGUGCGAGUGCCACAUCAGCGAGUUUGACCCCAAGAUCUGCACGACCCACGUGCAGGAAUGUUUGAAGAAGAUCCUGCGAUGUUAUGACGAUCUGGACGUGCUUGCGAAGCGUUACGAGCGAUCGCGCAGAGUCGCGAUGGAAGGAUUGUAUUUGAUGUUCAACUUGGGAAGUACGGAGGCGGUACUACGUGGCGUCAACCUUCCUAAAGGCUAUCGGGAAAACCUCAGCCUACAACUCUCAACCAGCAUCGAGUACCUGCGGGGGAACUUUUACCGCGUGCUCCGCAACGUCGAGCGACUUCCUGAGCUGGAGGCCGCCGUCGCUACGCUAAAACUCCCGGAGAUUCGGCGCCAACUGAUGCUCCACUUCUCGGCGGCUUACGCGAGCAAAGUUUUGACCGUUCCACUCGAGUGGGUCGGUCACGUUCUGCACUAUCCGGAACGCGAUCAUCCGGCACUGCUCGAGGACUGCCAGUACUACAACCUGCAACUGAUAGGGGCCGACGACAGGCCGAAGAACCAAUCUACCGUGAAGACCUCCUCGACGAAAGAUAACUGGUGGGACGAGGAGGAAAGUUUCGAAGAACGCGGCGGAGACAUUCUCGGCGGGAUGACGGUGAAAUUCGAGAGGACUCGGUUCGAUUCCAGCAAGCCGACGGUAAGUGGAACCCUUUGAACAAACAAAAACUAAGCCAGCUUCAGUUUGGUUUAGUGAGUUGAUCCGCGAGCACUUGCCGGUGUCGUACGCGAGCGCUUCGAAUUAUUGAGCUAAUUGAUUAAUUUUUGUCUAUUC